AUGGCGGAUGUCGAGGGGCAAGCGCUUUGUCCAUCGCUGCCUCAGCAUCCAGCGUGUAACGGAACCGGGAGUGUCGUAGUUACGCCGGACGCAGAUGGCUGCUGCGGCAGAGGCUUCCAGAUCCCAAACAGCACCGGGACGUCGGGCCCACGGCUCAUUCGAAUAGUCAAGUCAGACUCGGGCUAUGGUUUAACGUCCGGGGCCAAGUUAGUGAAGGUGGCCAACUCUGGAGCAUUAACGGGGAACUGUACGCCCCGCUGCAGCAUGUCAGCGCGGUCCUACCUGGUGGUGCAGCCGACAGAGCCGGUUGUUGUGUCGGCUUUAAAAGCAGAUUCCACAUGUUCCACACACACUAUCCCCAUUGCUGAACCACACAAGAUCUCAAAAGACAUACCGAACAGGCUUCUUUUCCCUACCAAAUCAGGCAUGCCUCGUUUUGAUAGAUGCAUUGACGAUAUCCUCGAUUUAUUCGAUGAGUACGCCAAUGACGAAAGUGAGUGUUUGAGCAGAGAUGAGUUUAAGCAACUGGCAACCAGCAUAUUGGAAUCCAAAGAAUAUUGUGGAAAACUCGAGUCGAUUGAUCUCGACGAAUUGUUUGACAGGAUAGAUACAAACAAUGAUGGAGAGCUUAACUACAAAGAGUAUGUCAGAUGCCUAGGAGAAUUAAUUGUAUGUUUCCGCAAGAAGAAUGGCAGAAGGGGUAAUAAAGGUGGCUGCAAAGGUGGCCCAGACAUGCCUCCCAUAUGCAAAUGCAUUAAUGAUAUCAUUGACUUCUUCGAGACGCACUCUACUGAUGGCAGUGAUUGUUUGAACAAGGAGCAGUUUAAGACACUAGCAACCAGCGAAAUUAAUUCCUCCUAUUUUUCUGGGAAACUCGAGCCAAGUAAAGUCGACGAGCUGUUCGACAAGUUGGAUACAAACAGUGAUGGCGAGCUUACCUUCAGAGAGUAUAUCAAAUGCAUUGGAGAAAUUAUGAAAUGCAUGCGCAACAAGACUGGUAGGAGGUUCGGCAGAGGCGGCAGAGGUGGCAGAGGCGGCAGAUGCGGCAGAGGAGACAGGGGUGGCAGAGAUUGUAGAGGGAGCGACAACGAUGGUGAUGAGGGUGGCAAAGGCAAGGGUGGCAAGGGUGGCAGGGGCAGUGAUGAUUAA